GGCCUCCUCCCGUCCCGGCAAGAGGAUAGGCUAACAAACGCGACUGGCAGGCAGGCGGACAGGCGGACAAGCAGGCAGGCAGGUCGUACCGUUUGUGCGUGCGUGCCCCUUCGACUCCAAGAUGGCUUUGCCCGGAGCGCCGCAGCGAUAGCCACGGCAGAAAGCCGCCACGAAAGAGCGCCUAGCAACCCGGCUAGACCGUUGAGAAUAUCCGAGUGAACACGGAGGUGAGGUGAGAGAAAUCGUCGCCAGCACGACGGUCGCCACGACGAGGACGGCGACGACGAGGAGGAAGGCGGCUAGUGACGUCCUCAGCCGCGCGGAAAUGUGACGCUCGUCAGCGGACCGAUCGCAGAAACACCCGAGAUGGAAUCACCUUCGGCCCGGGGCGUUCUCGUUGAGGCCCAAGAGGAUUCCACCUCAGUGGAGCUUGAAGGCAGCCCGGCGACGUCCGACGCGACAACACCAGCCACUGCUACUCCGACGACGACGACGGCGGCGACGCUGACGACUACGACGUUGUCGUCAGCGGACGCCACCGCCACUCGUCUCGCUGGCGCCGCAUGCAAGGACGUGGUGAUAGUGUGCGAGAAACUGGAGGAGCGAGCGGACGAGCGAGUCGCGGAGGUACAAUCGAGUGAUUAUUCUCGCUCGUCGGUAGAGAGCCAACCUCGGGCAAAGGUGGACAUGGGUCUCCGGAUGAGCAAGGACGCCGACGGGGAGGGGGCGGUGAACGACGCGAAAUCGCCGCAGGACGCUUCUCCCGGAGCUGAGGUGUCCUCGAGCACGAGCGAACGUUGCGCGGAGGAGCAGCGGAGCAAGAUCGACGACCUCGUGUCGCCUAGCGCGUCCAGGAAGAGGCCCGCCAGCAGCGACUUCUUGCCGAUCGGCGCGGAGAUGAAGAAGAUCGGCGUCGAGAUCUCGGAGAAGGAGGCGGUCCAGCUGAGGAACGACGUGAGGAGGUUGUCACCGGUGCUGGUGAGCCUGCGAGAGAGAACUCUCGGCGAGGUGUCGCUCACCGCGGAGUCCUGUCUCUUCGGGGACGAGGCGACGUCGAGGAGCAACGCCGCUCUGCCGGAGGCAUCGCCGGCGGAGGACAAGUCCAGGACUCGGAGCGUCGGUGACUCGAAGCUAGACGCUGACGAUCACGAGGAGACCGUCACCCCGUCGAUAGCGGAAUGUAGCAGCAGCGACACUCAGGACAAUCCGGACUGCGUCGAGAAGACGGACCGGCAGGAGCAGGCGAUCGAUGUCGAGCUGACUUCCGUUUCAUCGAGAUGCGACAGUUCCGGCUCGACCGCGUCGUCGUUGACGCAGAACAUGGAGGUCGAAGACACCGGCACCGCGGACGCGUCCAUUCCGAAGAAGAGCGUCGAGGUAGCGUCGAGUUCGUCGGUGCCCUCGAGUCCCGUCUGUCGAAACUUGGUCGUAAUGCUGAGCCACGUCGAUCGUCUUCAGAAUCGUAUGAUCCUGAAGAAGGCCGGCAAGAACAUCUGGAGUAGAGUCGUAAAGGAGGGUUCGCUCAGGUCCGAGAGAAGGACGAAUCCCGUGAAGCAAAAGGCAGGGGAAGAACAAAAAGAGGAAGACGGGGCGGUAGAAGAAGGAGAAAUAGUGGAAGAGUGCCGAUCGGUCGAAUCGACGGAGUCGAACGCGGAUUUCAAAAAGAAGAAAUCGUGGAAGGAUGACUCAUGCCCGUCGUCCAGCAAGUCGAGAACCCGCGAGCCGACGAAGAGUACUCCAAGCCAGCAAUACCCAGGCGUAAAGACGUGCAUGGUGAAGUUGGAGCGAAUCGAUAAAACGAAACAGGCCCAGCAGGAGGACACCGAGUCCACGAGGAAGUUGUUGGACAAGGAGGAAUCGGCGAUACCGGUGGAGGUGAUAGGUAAGCUCUCGGAGCACGAGGAAGUGGUGCUGGCGAGCUCCUCGCCCUCCGGCGAGGACAGCCAGGUAUCGAACGAACUGGACUCGUCGGAGACCGUGCCGAGUUCGCCGGAGGAGCCGGCAGAGGAGAUCCCCGCGGACGUCGCGGAAGGAGUCGAUACCGAGACGGAGACGGAGACCGGCUCCGACAGCUCGGAGGUGUCGCCGAUGACGAGCAACAUCAGGCUGCGCGACGUCGACGUGCCGUCCGAUCAGCUGCCCUGCGCCGAAGGAGUGCCGCCGCUCUGUUGCGUGGAGAUGCCGCCGAUCAUGACGCGACUAGAGGCGGAACGACCGGAGCCCUACACCGAGGACUCCGCCGAGAGCUUGACCCUGGCGACCGGCGCAAGGGACGAAGUCAGGUCGGAUGGCAGCGACUCUGGUUUGGGCAGUGAGAUCCCGGGCGACCCGGGACCGGCACCAGCUCCGGAGAGCGACUCGGAGACGUCGUUCCUCGACAGGAUACCGGACGAUAUUCUCUCCGACAAGGAAAAAGCGGUGAGCCAGCUGGACGGCUUCGUGCCGACGUCAGGAACGCCCGGGACGCCGCAGCCGCCCCUCACGAGCUUCCGCACGCCGCCCAAGAGCAACCUGAAGCGCAGGCUGACCGACUGCAUGGAGGGCGAGUCGUGCCCCAAGAGGAGCAACACGGACGAGCCUGUGAAGAAGAAGCGCAACAUCCAGUUCGACGCGGUCACGGUCUACUACUUCCCCAGGGCGCAGGGCUUCACCUGCGUACCGUCUCAGGGUGGCAGUACGCUCGGCAUGAGCGCGACGCACACGCACGCCGAGAGGUUCUCGUUAUCGGAGCACGCCGCCGAGCAGAGGCGGAUUCACCGCGCGCGGUUGGCGCAGCUGCGCUCGGAACGUGCGGCGAACUGCGUCGCCGAGACGGCAUCGAGCUCCGAGGACCCCAGCGACGACACGGACGAGGAGCCGAGCGACAACGAGGAGCUCGACAUCGACAGCUACUACUUCUUGCAGCCGGUGCCCACGUGGCAACGGCGCGCCCUCCUCAGGGCCGCCGGGGUGCGCAGGAUAGACGCGGUAGAGAAGGACGAGUGUCGGGAUAUCAGAGCGAGCAGAGAGCACUGCGGAUGCGGCUGCAAGGGAUACUGCGAUCCUGAGAGCUGUCCUUGCAGCAGGGCCAAUGUCAAAUGCCAGGUGGACCGAGUCGGUUUCCCGUGCGGCUGCACCCGGGACGGCUGCGCCAACAGCUCCGGCAGGAUCGAGUUCAACCCGGUGCGGGUGCGGACCCACUUCAUCCACACGCUCAUGCGGCUCGAGCUGGAGAAGAAGCAGCGCGAGGAGGAGGGCGGCGAGCACGAGGUAGCGGACAAUCAACAGGGCAGCGGCAGGAAUGGCGGCCCCUUACGGGACAUCAAUAUGGGCACCGUGAUGGAGGCCACCGGCGGCGACGGCUGCGCGCCGGGUGGGCCCGGAGGUGGCGGUGGCUUCACCACCUUGCACUACGAGAGCCACGAGGGCGUGGCCGCCGGCGUGGUGAGCGCCGGCUGCCAACCGGAGGUGCCCGGCACACGGGAGGACAGCCUCGACCUGUACGCCAUCCGGGACGACUGUUACCCGAGCGAGGACGCGGUGGACGGCAGCCAGUCGGGCCAGCGGAAGCUGCAUCCUGAGUUCAGCCAAGCCUUCCAGAGCUUCUCGAGCCAAAGCGCCGGAGGUAGCGGCGCCGGCGGCGGAGGAGGCGGUGGCGGCGGUGGCGGCGGCAUGAGCUUCCAGCAGUCCUCGUACCAAGAUUACCAGCCGUACGCGAAUGUACCGUCCACGUCGCGGGUGCAAUUCCAGCCGCAGUUCCAGUCGAUGCCGACGAGCCCGGGUUUCUCGCACUACGGACCCUACGGCGGCCAAGAUGGCGGCGCGCUCCAGCCCGGCUGUCAGGUGCACCCGAGCCAGCAACACUCGUCCUACGAGACGGCGUUCGCGCAGGACGAGAGCACCGGCUCGCAGUACACGAACCUCACCAACUCGGUGCAGCCGAUGAACGCGGUGGUGCAGCAGAUGGGCAAGCUGGAGCCCUUCUCCGAGCUCCUGUCCGGCAGGUACUCGUACUACGGCGAGAUGGAGCCGCAGCAGCACGGUACUUAUCACGCCGCCGGCAACAAGGUCGAGAUGGAGGCCGGGCAUCCGGCCGUCGCGAGCGAGCAGCAGUCGGAGAGCACCGAGGACUGCGACGAGAACUUCGGCGAGAUCAUCAAGAAGUCCAUGGUGGAGACCGUGUCCGCCUAGGCCCGCCGGAAGUCACCCGACACCGACGCGUAAGCCGCGUCAGGGUGAGCAGCGCGCGUCCGAUUCGCCGCUCGGAAGUGCGACUCCCUCGAGGAGUCCCGCAUCCCGUUAUUCGCGGUUAGACCACCUCGGUGACCCGAACCACCCCAAGGAUGCGGCGCUUCGAAGCUAAGAUCUGCCGGAAGCUUCUCGGCUGAGACUAUCCGCGCACGACGGAGUCCGUGGAACACAGGACGUUCGGCUACACCCUGCUGGAGAACGCGUCCGUAUUACAGUUCACCCCCGCGCGAUCGGUGAGCACCCUCCGAGGAGGAGGGAGUACGGUCUCCGGGGGAUCACCAGGCUGACGAGGGGUCUCGUGGAGAGGAGUCGUUAGGGAAUUUUACGACUAUGACGUGUGCGUCCGCCCGGGAUGGAGGAGACUCGUCGCGUCGCCGUCAACGUCGCUCUCGAGCCGGGGAGAUACACAGGCCGGGAUCGACCGGGUGACUCCUCACCACCCGUCGCUUCCAUCGUCGGCGAGAAGUGACCGGUGCUCGCUGAAUGUCUUCGCACUACGCGUCCCGUAAAUAAUAUUGUUCAUACAGGGUCCUUUACUUGGUAAAGAAGGCCUCCCGCGAGAGCGCUCUCUGUCUCGCUCGCGGUGGAAGCGGCUUCGAUGUUCGAUCCCGGGCCAGGUGAGGUCGAGACGGUCGGCAGCCAGGUGACGACGGCGACGUGCUCGAGCGAGACGACCGGGAUCUUGGAGCGGGAGAGCCCGCCGCCACGAUCUCCGUCGGGAAUCUACGAGAGCGAUCCGUGAGAGGGAUGGAGCAGGAGGGAAGAGAGAUAGAGAGAGAGAGAGAGAGAGAUUCAACGAGGUUGUGACCAAGAAACAACAUGGGAUCAGCUUAGAUUGCAGUUUAUAAUACCUAACUUUAAUAUCUUAAGCGCGUAAAGGAGAGGAGCGCGUGCACGCGCGACCGGAGGCGUGUCGCGCGUGUCUUUUUAAGCGAGCCUCGAAUCCGUUUUGGGGAUCGCGCGUUCGGUGAUAGAAUAAUAUCGAUCGAUAUCUGGGGGAGGGGGGGGGGCGAACUCUGCUCGCUCUGAUUCGAGAGAGAACCGCUCUUCACUCUGGAAUGUCCGCCGAGAUGGGAGACGAUCGGAACACCUGUCGUUUAUAUUUAUAUUUAUUGGAUAUGUCGCGUGUCCUCGGAAAUUGGUAUUAUUUAUUGUAUAUAUAUACACACACGCCUAUAUAUAUACACGCGCGCAUAUAUAUUUUUUUAUCAUCUGCGGGGAGGAUCGGGAUGAAAUUUAUAUCUGUAUAUCUGCGCGGGAUUCGUUUUCAUACUUUCUACCGAGAGUCCACCGAGUGAAUUUUCUAGUUUAGACGCUGGAGCUGUCCUCUCGAUUUCGCGUACGAAUUUUCCAACCGGCGAAGGACGAAUCUUCCCCGACGGGGAAGUCGCGUUCCAGAACGAAGAUCUGAGAUCUCUCGAACCGUCUAGAGCCGCCGAAAGUCGCGUUCUGAAACGAUACGAGAAGCGGCGUCGUCUCGAAGCCGCGGUUCGAAGGAGGCAGGAACAAAAGGGAGGGGAAGGGAGGAAACGGAGAAGGAAACAAACGGUAAAACGUGAGGAGGAAGGCGCACGCGUACACGUGACACGUUCGUAGACGAGCGUGAAACGUGAACGAUUGUGAUACUUGUGCUUACGAGGGACGAGGAAAGAAUGGAAGGAAGGAAGAAAGAUAAGAGGUGCAGUCCGCAAGGUUCGUAGGUUAAGGGACAAAUUAUGGGACUUUUUUACGCCAGUCAGUGUAGGAGCUGCGAAUGGUGUUUAGUCGCACGAUGAUCGGACGGCGAGGCGCGAAUUUCGAUUUUCUUCCCGCGGGAAUUUCACACGCGAAUUCAUUGCGCGACGGAAUCCACAGAGAACGAGAGAGAGCGAGAUGUAAAAGGAGUCUCGAACACGUCGAGCGCCGGAGUAACAUUCGUUUUUGUCGAAUUUUUCUUUCUCUUGUCGCGAUCCCUUGCGAUUGAUCCUUUACACCUGUAAAAAUUGAUGUACAUAUAUAUACACAUGGCCGUGGUUUCGACACUUUUACAAUCGUCGUGUGUGUUUCGUUGCGAGGAAUCGUUCGCGGAGAGCCGCGGAGAGGGCAGUUUUGUACGUCGCCAGCGUGAAUCCGAGGAUCACCAGGCUCCCGCAAAGUGGCGAUUCUAUCCUCACAGAAAUGGCGCCCGACGCGUUCGACGGUUUCGAAGCUUCAAUUGUUAAACGCGCAUUUGUAACUGAUAUUAACGGUGCCUACACGGAAUUAUAGACGAUUUUAAUCGCGCGAAUACUCCCUUCUACGCGGCAGAGGGAGGCACGACGUACGGAGAAACGAAACAUUCGACCGACCCUCGAAGCAAAGUCGAAGAGGAGGCGGAGCAAGCUGAAGAAGAAGGAGAGAAAGAGGAAGAGGGAAAUUCGCGCUGAAGACGACGAGAGCUCGGCUUGCUGCGAAGGAACGAAGAGGGUUCAAGGGAGAACGAGGGAAGCUCGCGAGGGGCACAACCAUACCAUCACGCCGACUACCUUUUGCACGCCCAUCCUCAACCAAUCAACCAACCAACCAACCAAUCAACCAAUCAAUCAAUCAAUCACCCCCGUAGAGACAUUCAAGAGAACGGACCUCUCUUUAGCAUCCCGGGACGUUGAUCGCUGUGUCCACGAUUAAUUGAAGUAAUAUACAUAAGAAAACGUAAACGAUAACGACGAUAGUAUUAAAUUUAUAUACACACGUAAAGAAACACGCGCGAUAUAUCCACACACACACACACACACACACACACAC